AGUAAUUUCCGGUGUAAUGUAAGCUGGGAACAGCCGAAAAUAUGGUUACACACUUCAAAAUUAGUAUUUUGAUAGGUUUCCUGUGUGUGUUGGUUGCGUGCGUGUACUCGGAUACUCCGGCGAGAAGUAGCGAUGUUGAUAACCAGAAAGUUCAAAGGAUUUUCAAGGAUAUUUCUGAAGAUGAUUAUGACGUAACAGACAGACAGAAACGGACUAGUGAAUCUAAGAAGACACAUCCAGGGCACGCAAAAAACGACCACAGCAAAAAGAAAGGUCGUAAUCACGGGACCAAAAGCGUCACUGCAACGGGACUGAAGAAAUCUGAUAAGAAGGCACACCCGGGAAAACAUAAAGAGCACAGCAAAAAGAAACAAGAGAACAUGGGAACCAAAAACGUCACAGCAACGGGGCUCAAGAGCAAGACGUCGGAUAAGGGAGAUUCCAUAUACGCUAACAAGAAAACGGAUGUCAAUCAGAAAGCUACGGUGGUUGGUGGGGAGGCCAAGUCCGAUAAGGCUGUCCAGCCCGUCAAAGUUGACCCUUCAGAAGUGGCUGACAAUGAUCUCAAGACAGGGGUCGGCGUAACGGUCGUCAUUGUCAUCGUCACUGUCCUCGCAAUUGUCGCUGCUAUUUGUAUUUCGCAAAGAGAAAAAAUACGGGAGAAAUGGGCAAACAUGAAGGAUUAUAAAAAGGUUACAGAAGAAUGAAAUAUCGAAAGGCCAAGUGAAUUGAAAAUUAAAAGGAGAUUAAGACAUGCAUGGUGAAUUUGAUGUUAUGAGAAUAACGCCAUAAGUUGUAUGCAGGAUUCUAGAAUUAAAAAAAAUGUAAGCAAU